AUGACUCUCCAGAACACCAUGUGGACCGUUGUUUCCCUUCUCUUGGUUGGUUUGUCUAGCGAGAUGGUUUCAGGCCAAGAGCUUUGUUCGUGUUCACCGUCGACCUACGAGUUCACAUUCGACUUUAGCUUGGACUGUCCUCGUGCUACCAACGACUACCCAGAUGGAAUAUCCGAAGUGACAUGCUUCAUCACGUCCUUCUCGGCGGAUGUGGAGGACCUGACACCGAUAGCAGUGCAGUCGAUAUCUGUUAUCGAAGCGGAUGUCGACCGUAUUCCAAUAGCACAGAGUCAAAUCGAAGGAGAGUUUGUUACUGGAGACACCUUUACAUACUCAUCCAUCUCAGCGCUCGGAAACUCGACACAAACGCCUCAGUCUAUUCAACUCACCAUCACCGGAACAAAUGCUGGAAACUCAUCUCUAGUUCAAGUAUGGGCGAUCAAGUUCACUAAUGAUUGCGAUGUCUUUCCUGUGCUGGAAGAAGGAGAGUCCUUUGGCUGGACUGAAUUUUCUGAUCUAGGCUUGCCCAGGUCUGAAGUAUGUCCAGCUGCCCCCCUCUCGACAUUUGCCCCAACCAUGCCCGAGGUAGCCCCAACAAUGGAACCGACGAUAGAGGGGACCGAUCCCGUUCCUGCGGUACCGACUAUCGAGCCCAUGGAGCCUACAGCAGAGCCUGUGGAGCCUACGACAGAGCCAACAGUGUCGGAAAUUGUUACAGACGCUCCCACUAAUCGACCGAAGAAGACCCCAGAACCUACCCUUGUAGCAACAGACAUGCCGACCAUUCGCCCAACAUUUCUCCCAACCGCUUUGCCCUCCAUUGUUGAGACAUCGCCAGUUGUUGAUGAGUCACCAACGUUAGAACCAACGACGACGCCCCCGCCUACGAAAAGCCCCAAGGGCGGAGGCAAGGAGCCAGACCCCACAUCCCCCCCAACGCUUCUUCCGACCAUGAAGGUGGUGACCAAGACACCAACGAUUCAACCCACCGUCACACCUGCAACCCCGUCCCCUACGAAGAGACCCAGUCUGUCACCAGAGGAAACUGAAUCUCCUUCGCUGGCAAUGUCGUUCAGUUACGACUAUGAUCUCGACUAUGAAGUGGAUAUGGAGUGGGGUCGUGGUGACGACUCAGAGGACUCGGAUGAGGAUGACAAGAAAAGUGCAAAGAAGACCAAGAAGGCCAAGAACUCUGAUGAUGGGAGAGGUAGAGUACGAAUUGGACAAAGAAGAAUCCGCCACUAG